AUGGCGCUCACCAGCUGGAAAGAUUUCCCGUUCUUCGAGGUUUCCCAGGUUCCUGUGCCCGCAGACGAAGAUGGUUCCUAUGUCUUCGAUAACGAAGUCGUCUCACUGACCACGGGCGCGGAUUCUCUGUUCCUCGGUUCUUCGGACGGUUCAGUGCGCAUUCUUUCCCGCGCCUUGAAGGUUGUGCGCACCUUUCAAGCUUCAGACGUCCCGGAUGGCUCAAUCACCCACCUCCGGCAAGUGCCCAAUACUCCGUUCCUUGUCACCAUCUCAGAGAACCUGUCAUCGGACCCUUCGUUGAAAGUUUGGGCAUUGGAUAAGAUCGAGAAGAAGACCGGAGCACCGAGGUGUCUGUGUACAAUUGGAGUGCAAAAUGGCAGGAGACAGUUUCCAGUAUCGGCAUUCGUGGUUCUCGAUGACUUGACACAGGUGGCAGUAGGGUUUGCCAAUGGGUCCGUCACCGUUAUUCGCGGCGACUUCAUUCACGACCGCGGGACUAAACAAAGGACCGUCUUUGAAUCUGAAGAUCCGAUCACUGGCUUGGAAGUCCGUCAAGGCACGACAAAAGUCCUAUACAUUGCGAACACGGCCAAAAUAUGCAGCCUCAUCAUAUCUGGGAAAGGCCAGGGUCAACCAGUCCGCACAGUUGACAAUCGAGGUUGCAACGUCGGAUGCAUGACUCAAGACCGCGAGGCUGGAGACAUAGUGAUUGCUCGAGAAGAUGCCAUCUACUACUAUGGCGUUAACGGCCGUGGUCCUAGCUAUGCAUUUGAGGGCCCGAAGAAAAUUGUCAAGAUUUACAAGGAGUAUGUUGGCGUUGCGUGCCCACCACGGGUGGCGCAGGUGUCAAAAUCCAAAACAUUCCGAAGGUUGGGCGGCGAGGAGAUUGACGAGCUGUUCAGUAGCUCAUCCUUCACAUUGCUUGAUACUGAUCUCAAAUACGUUGCUCACACGGAGUCAUUGCCUGCUCCGGUCAAAGAGGUCUUCGUGGAAUGGAACGAACUCUUUCUGCUGACCGUGGAUGGAAAGCUUUUUCGAUACCAGGAAAAGACCCUACAGCAGAAGCUUGAGAUCUUGUAUCAGCGGAACCUUUAUAUCUAUGCCAUUAACCUGGCACAAAAACUGGGCGCCGACAAAAUGCAACAGAACAUCAUCUUCAGGAAAUACGGGGACUACCUGUACCAAAAGGGUGAUUACGACACGGCCAUGCAGCAGUAUCUGAGGGCCAUCGACAAUACUGAGCCUUCGCAGGUGAUUCGACGAUUUCUGGACACGCAGAGAAUCCACAAUUUGAUCGACUAUCUCGAGGAACUACAUGAUCAUGACCGGGCCACUGCAGACCACACGACGCUGCUGUUGAACUGCUACGCUAAACUCAAGGACACGGACAAACUGGACGCUUUCAUCCGCACACCGGGAUCCGCGAAGUUUGACGUCGAAACGGCCAUUGCUAUGUGUCGACAAGGUGGAUAUUUUGACCAGGCGGCUUACCUUGCGACUAAGCAUGGCGAAAAUGAAUUGGUGAUCGACAUAUUGGUGGAAGACUCAAAGAAGUAUGCUGAAGCUUUGCAAUACAUUUGGCGUCUGGAACCCGAUGCAGCAUAUCCAGUUUUAAUGAAAUAUGCCCGCAGCCUCCUCGAACAUUGCCCCGAAGAAACAACCAAGCUGUUUGUUGAAUACUAUACUGGGAAAUACACACCCAAGAAGGAUGUGCCAGCAGUCUCGGAAGUGCAGGCUCAGACAGGUGGUGGUGCAUUUCAAAGUCUUUCGGCUCUUUGGAGCUUACCAUUCAUGAAUCGAUCCACAACCAGUGAAGCAGCACCUGCCGAAAAUGAAAAGCCCGAACACGAUGAACGUGCCUCUGCUGGCGAGGUUGAUGCAGCUCCAACAUACAUUAAACCACGUCCUCGCAGCGCGUUCUCGUCAUUCCUCGCUCAUCCAUCACAAUUCAUUACCUUCCUGGAGGCGCUGAUUCUGCAGGAAAAUCUCUCCAAAGAAGACAGAUCGGACUUGUCGACCACACUGUUUGAGAUGUAUCUCGAAGCAGCCAACAAUGCGACGGGUCCGGCAGAGCGGGGGAAAUGGCAAGUCCAGGCGACCAGUUUGAUUGCAGACAACGCCACUGCAUCACUGGAUUCCUCGACGAUAGAUACCUCGAAUGUCUUGCUCCUGUCGUCACUCUCAAAGUUCCCGGCUGGCACGACAUUAGUGAGGGAACGCGAAAAUCUGUAUGCCGACAUAUUCCGCUCGUUCACGUCCGCCAAAGACACGUCAGGCGCCAUAUCAGCGCUCAGAAAAUAUGGAUCAAAGGAUGCCUCGCUCUAUCCCCUUGCACUUGGCUAUUUUUCGUCGUCUGAAGAGGUCCUCAAGGCACCUGGGGUCAAGGAAGAACUCCAGACCAUUCUUCGCAAGAUUGACCGGGAAAAUCUCAUGGCCCCGCUCCAAGUGGUCAAGGUAUUGUCGCAGGGUGGCUCGGUCACAAUGGGAAUGGUCAAGGGAUACCUUUCCGACAACAUCUCUCGGGAGCGCAAAGAGAUCCAGGCCAACCGGCGAUUGAUCGACUCUUACCGGACCGAAACGGCGUCGAAAAAGGCAGAACUGGCGGACCUGGGCACGAAGCCGGUCGUGUUUCAAGCGCGACGGUGUUCGUCUUGCAAUCGAAAUCUCACCUUACCCACGGUGCACUUUGUGUGUAAGCACUCGUUUCACCAAGAGUGCUUGAAUAAACCAGGAAUUGGCAUGGAUGAAAAUGACAGCAACGUAGAGUGUCCGCUUUGCAAGCCCGGAAAUGACACGAUUCGGGCCAUCCGGCGACAACAAAUCGAAAGCACUGAGCAACACGAGUUAUUCAAGGCGGCGUUGGCAAGAAGCAACAGUCGAUUCGGGACCGUCAGUGAGUUCUUCGGGCGUGGAGUCAUGGGGACGGCACCAGCUGCGGACUGA